UGCAGAAGCAACGGCUUUUCAUAAAGCGCAUCUCCCUUUUAUUCAACGAUUGCUGAAUUUACGCUUUGAAGAUAUCAUCAGUUUUACUUUGUCAUUCCAAUUCUUCGAAAAUGACAAGUACAAAUGAUUCUGUGGGACGAGAAAACGCGAGGUUAUCAAGGAACAGAAAAAAAGUUUCUUUCGUGGUUACAGUUCUCACUCUUAUUUGUUUCGCUGGAAGCCUUAUUCUGUUCGUAUUCGCCAUUUUCGAUCUGUCCUAUAAAAACUCAACUGUUAGAUUUGCAAUCAUUGCCUCAGUACUCCUGGUUGUUGGAUUAGCAUUGAUAGUGUUGGUACGACCCAAGAGACUAUCAAAUGAUUCUCAGGCUACGAUCUCGACGAUUCCUGUGGAAGUUUUGGCGACUUCUCCGGCUCCUAUUCUUCCUCACAGCCAUAUUUCUCGCCGUCUUCUGUCUCUUAGGGCCUCUUCGAUGGACUUGCCAGAUUAUUUUACUGCUGUCCAGAAUAUUGAUGGAAUAUAUUUAUCCGAGGAAGAUGCAGUUUGGAUAAAAAGGUUUCCAGAAACUCCACCACCAUGUUACGAUGAUGCUCUCAAACUGGCUUUUAUAACCGGUGAGGAAAGCUCGCCGAUGUCUUUAGUAGAAUUUAGAGGUGGAGAGGAAACAACACUCUGAUAAAUUUUCUUCGUAGAAAUUUAACCACAACGCAUAUAUCUAAUUAGCAUGUCAAAAGUUCCGAGCAA